ACCAGAACGCGCCCUCCUGCGGGCACCCGGUGAUCUCCAUCUGCACUGAUGAUCAGUGCCUCACAGCAGUUGCGCCCAUCAAUACCACCCAUCAGUCAGUGCUACCAGUCAGGGCCGUCAGUCAGUGUUACCCAUCAGUGCCACCUAUCGGUGACCAUCAUUGCUGCAUAUCAGUGCAGCAUCAUCAAUGCCCACCAGUGCCGCCUCAUCAGUGCAUCCUAUCAGUGCCCAUCAGUGCUGCCUAUCAUUGCCACCUCAUCAGUGCUGCCUCAUCAACGCACAUCAGUGAAGGCGAAAAAUUACCUGUUUUCAAAAUUUUAUAAUAAGAACACUUUUUCCAAUUUUUUGCUCUUUUUUUGUUUGUUUAUAGUGCAAAAAAUA